GGACGACAAACAUACCUGACAGCUGUUCGCGGCUUCCUGGAGAGCAUGCGCAUGGCUGGCAGUUCUACGCAUUCAUUCGCCAAUAAUUGCAGUUGAGCAAGACAUCAACACACUGCUGUCUAGGCAGGGACGGCGAGGAAUUAAUAUAAGGGAACACAAUACUCUUCAACAGUUGGGGCACUAGGCCCUACAUAUUCUGACAACCAGAACGGCCUGACGCAAGAGCCUGGUAGACUUCAAACCUACCUUACUUUUGCAAUGCCUCUCCCUUCGCUACCUUCGUUCCAUCGGUCACCGCGACCUGACCAGCCCCACGACUCUCCAGCAUCUAUAUCCUCUUUUCAAUUCAGUACACUUCAUACCAAUGUGCGCUCGAUGAUCAAUGGCUCCUCAGUGUACUCGAACUCGCCUCCUCCAUCGAACAACAAUACUCCAAAAAUUCCCUUUCUCGGCUUCCUGCGUCGACCGCAAUCUCCUCCCAACCCCAUUGUCGUACCGGACAACGAUGCACCCCGCGACUCCAGCGACUCGAGAUCCCCUCUUCGCUCACACCACACAGCAGGGUCAUAUAUUGCUGCCAUUGCGCCAUUGGACACGCACCCGCGAGAACCUGAAGCCGUGUACAGUAGCAGGCACCCAGCAGACGUACCACUCGAGUACGGCAGAAGCGUAGACCCCGAAACAGAACAACUCCAAGAGGAGGUGCAUGGCCGGCGACGACGACGACAUCGCCGAAGAAGAAAGCACAGAGAGCCAAGAGCCACACAUUGGGUGCGCAGACGAAAAGAACGAGGUGUUUGUUUCUCUUUCAUGAGAAGCCGUGCCACUCGAGGGAAAUGUUACGCGUGUCUGAUAUCCGGCCUUUUCCUCAUAACCGUGUUGACAAUCUAUCUCUCACUCGCCCUCACAAGGAAAUCGCUCGGUCAAGAGGUCCAUGUCCUGUUCAUCAUGGUAGUCCUCGGCACCACAAUCUUCUUCUGCCACUCAUUAAUCCGUCUCUGUAUGCUCGCACUCCAUCCAGAAGAAGAAGGACCCCGUAUUCCCAGCAUGACUGGGCCGGAAGGUUUCAAACCCAUCCGUCCCAUCCGCGUGCAUCUUGCUCGCGACGAAGAACUCGGCGACGCUGAUGCCGACGCCUCCGCUGACGAACCCCAAGACGAGGAGAAAGUCAAAGUCCUGCAUCCCCCACCUGCAUACGGACUCUGGCGCUCGAGCGUGCGCGUCGAUCCAAAUCUCCUGCACUGGCAACGCGUUGAAAACACUACCAACCCGAAUCCAAUCUCAAGCCACACUGCCCCUUCCUCCUCCCACCCCAACUCCCGAAACGGUUCUGUGUCCGAGCCUGCAGAGCCAGAGCAUCAAACCCAAGGUCCUCGACCCCCAAGCUAUGUCUCCGAUGACGGGGUGUCCUACGUCGUAGAAGCAGCGCCGAGGUCCACAGCUCCGAGCCACACAGGUGUAAGCGAUAUCCAUCCAGCCUGGCGACCCGGUUUCGCUGUCUCGGAAGUUCAAAUGGCGGAGAGGCUGGAGCCGAGGCGGCUGUAGAUAGACGCUUUGGUCGUCUGGAGGACGGGGGUAAUUGGUCGAAUUAUGGGAUAUAUGGCAG